GUGUGUGUGUGUGUGUUCACAGCGAGUCAAAGCCACGUCGCCGAAUGAGGAGACUGGCAACUGGUUUUACUGAUGCUUUUUCGUUUUUUUUUUAAAGUGGCUGCAUUUUUAAGACUGGUAUAAAUCUCGUUUUAGUUGGCUGAGUGUUGGAAAUGGUCGCGGCGGCGUAGGCCUCUGUCAUGCCUCGGACUCGCGUAAGAGCAUAAGCGGCGCGAGAGAGCUCGGGUCCGGGGAGACUCUGUGUCGUGGACGCGCUAAGUUUGAAAGACACCUGGAGACAUGAUUGCACCCUCCCGAAAGGACUUUGUGUCUCUGGCAGUAGACGAAAGUGGAGCUUAUACAAAUGGCAAACAACGCAAGCAGUCGUUCUGGAGGAAAUGGAAGCAGUUGUCAAGCCUGCAGCGCAGCCUCAUCCUGUUUGUUCUGGUUCUGCUCCUCAUCAGUGGCAUCGUUAUCUAUCCCGGCCUUUUGACACAAUGGGGAGCUCGGUCGGAGACGGCAGAAGGAAGAGACGGUGGCGAAGGGAUUCUCCAGCAUAUGGCGUUGAAGAUGGAAGAUAAAGCUAUUCUGCCUGAGCCUCCUUCGGAGAGAAAAUUCUUACGUAAGAGAGGACCGCCUUCCCUCCAGAACCGGUCCCAGAAUAAAGAAAACGGUUCCGACGCACAUGGGAUAGCGAUGAAGGUGUUGGGGAAGGAGGAUGGGAACAAGUCUCUGAUCAGUUGGCGUGGCAGUGUAGUCACGGUGGCUAAAGACACGGACCAUAAGAAGGAGACGCAGACCGUGGACUCAUUAUUAGUGGCGAGCAGGCUGGAGGCGGUGAGGGAGGCUUUCCAACAUGCCUGGAAAGGCUACAAAGACUACGCCUGGGGUCAUGAUGAGCUCAAACCCAUUUCAAAGUCUUAUACCGAAUGGUUUGGGCUGGGGCUAACUCUUAUCGAUGCGCUGGACACUAUGUGGAUCUUAGGGCUGAAAACAGAGUUUGAGGAAGCCAAGCAGUGGGUGGACACACAUCUUUCAUUUGAGAAGAAUGUGGACGUGAACCUGUUCGAGAGCACCAUCCGUAUACUGGGUGGCCUUCUCAGCACGUACCAUCUGACCGGUGAUGCGCUGUUCCUAGAGAAAGCUAAAGACAUCGGCUCCAGGUUAAUGCCCGCCUUCAGUACGCCAUCAAAGAUCCCGUACUCGGACGUGAACAUCGGUAGCGGCGUGGCUCAUCCGCCACGCUGGACCUCCGACAGCACCGUCGCCGAGGUGACCACCAUCCAGCUGGAGUUCCGCGAACUGAGCCGACUCACCGGUGACCACAAAUACCAGGAUGCAGUAAUGGAGGUAAUGAAUCAGGUGCACAAAUUGGAAGGGAAGCACGAGGGUCUGGUGCCCAUGUUCAUCAACACCAACAGCGGGCAGUUCACCCACCUCGGCGUCUACACACUGGGUGCUCGAGCUGACAGUUACUAUGAAUACCUGCUCAAGCAGUGGAUCCAGGGAGGCAAGACAGAGACAGAGUUGUUGGAGGACUAUCUACAGGCGGUGGAGGGGGUUAAAAAGAACCUGGUGAAGAAAUCUUCUCCUCUCGGCCUUACGUUUGUAGGAGAGCUGUCUCACGGACGCUUCAGCCCCAAGAUGGAUCAUUUAGUGUGCUUCCUGCCUGGCACCCUGGCCCUGGGGGCAUACAACGGCCUGUCGGCUGAGCACAUGGAUUUGGCAAAGCAGCUGAUGGACACCUGCUACCAGAUGUACAGACAGAUGGAGACAGGCCUGAGUCCUGAGAUAGUGCACUUCAACAUGCAGCCGGGCAGCGCACAGGACGUGGAUGUUAAACCUGCAGACAGACACAACCUGUUGCGUCCAGAAACCAUAGAGAGCCUCUUCUACCUGUACCGGUUCACCAAGGACAAGAAGUACCAGACCUGGGGUUGGGAGAUCUUUCAAAACUUCAAUAAAUACACCAGGGUCGAGUCUGGUGGUUACACCUCCAUCAACAAUGUGCGAGAUCCGAAGUCCCCCAGUCCACGAGACAAAAUGGAGAGCUUCUUCCUGGGCGAGACACUCAAAUACUUUUACCUACUGUUUUCAGACAAUUUUGAUCUUAUUAACCUGGACGCAUACGUCUUCAACACCGAGGCCCAUCCUCUUCCCAUAUGGCCAAAGUGAUGGACAUGAACUUCUCUCUCUCUCUCUAUCUACCCUUUGUUCUUGCGCACACACACACUUCUCUCAGGGCUUUGCAAAAGAAAUGAUCUGUUCCUUUACUAUCUUUACUGCCUUGUUUCUUUUUUCCUAUUUUGGAAACAAGAAUUUUUUCGUAAUCUGACUUUUAUAAUUAGUGACGAUUUCAAAAGUCACGAGACACAAAUCAGAAUACAGAAAAAAAAAAAGCCUGAUGACGCAACACGCUUCUUUUACUACGGCGUUAAUGUCAUAAUUUAAUUUGUGCUGAAUAAGAACAAAUCUGAUUCUAAAUGCUGUAGUUAUUAACCAUAUCCAGCACGACUGCUUAACUCCUCACCCCCCUCCCGGUCAGAGGAGAAGGCUUCAGAGUCGCCUGUGAGAUGAUUACAGCCUAAGCGCCGCAGCAGCCUAGAGCAGGACGAAGGGAGACAGGCACGAAUUACGCUGUCGUAACCCUCCGUGUUAUUCGCUUGUUUAAAUCUGUGCAGUCUUAUUCAGUCCGAGAGUCGAAUUCACUUUUAAACUGUGAACCUUUUUGUACAGACUGAGCACUUUAUGGCACCCCCUUUCCCCUAAAUCUGUCCUGUAUAAACAUUUUUACUUUUUCCAGUUUUUUUUUAUCCCUUAACAUGAAAGUUAAUGUCCUGUUUUUAAUAUAUAUUAUGUUUCUAUGCCGAGUCAAGCACAGAUAUCACUGCCAUUCCUGUAUAUAGGAAAAGUAAUUUUGUGUUUUAUGUGCAAGAUUUUUUUAUUUACUAAUCAUUACUACAUAAAAAUUCUAAAUUAAAAAAAAUUUUUAAAGGUAGUUUAUACCUAAACAUGGACCAGUAAGAAAGGUGUGUGAGAACAACUUCCUUACUUCAUUUUUUUUAAUCCUGCUAUAAUAAUCUCCUCCUCCUGAGCUACAAUUAGCUGUUUGUCCUUGUUUCAAAGUCAUAUGACGACUAGACAGUUUAGGAGUCGAAUUACAGAAAAAUUAGACCAAUAUCCUGAGUCAUAAAGUUAGUUUAAUAAAUUUUUUAAUUUCCUUAAACCACAGCACUCUUAAAUUUUUGACUAUUUCUAUCGAAUUCCUUUCUAUAAUAGUAGCUUGCAGCUCUGAUAAUAAUAUAAAACAAAUCAUAAAAAGGUUUAUAUGAAUACACUCGAUCUAUCAAAACAAAUGUAUAUUUGUUUUGAAACAAAGAAGAAACUAACAGUCAUAAAUGAAAUAGCGUAAGGUUUUCUAAAGCGUUUCUGGAAGGAUUUGCCGCGUCAGUGCUUUAAUAAUCAGCGUGGAAAGGUGCAACACUUUUACAUUUUCCUGUAAAUGUAGCAGAAGCUGCUUUUUUUUUUUU